AUGUCAGGAGCUGGAAGCACAACAGCAGCGGGAGUCUCCGCUAGCGCUCCCGUUCCCGGUGGAGCGUCCCACAACAUCAGGCUGGCAGGAUCCUUCGACAUCCACAGACCCAGCACACUGUCCGCGUCUCCUCGAUCCGAGCUCCGUAUAGCUCUCGCACAAGUCACACCAUCCUCUUCCGACAACGCCGAAGCCGAAGGCUUGGCGAUCGUGCGCACAUACGCCAAAAGAGCAGCCCAUCAAGGGGCCGAUGUGCUCGUUCUGCCCGAGUAUUUUCUGAGCGGAGCCACGCACGAUCAGUGGAGAGCUGUCGCGGAACGCGGAGAGCCAAAAGGAGGCGUGCAGGAUGCUCACUUGCGGGAAGAUCACUUCUUGUCGGAGAUUGCGACCAUCGCAAAGGAAUUCGACUUGGACAUUGUCAGCGGUACGGCCGUCGAAGCUGGACCUCAUGCUUCCCAAAGUCAGGAGCGAACCAAGCAUCAUGCGCCGCACAGGGGUGACAAGGACGCUACGCAAGCACACGCAGAAGCGGCAGACCAGAUAGAGGUCUUCAACACCGCUUACUACGUCGGUAGAGAUGGUCAAGUCAAGGGUUCAUAUACCAAAAGGGCGAGUAGAGACUGGGAUCGACGACCAGCACCUGACACUCCGAAGAAAGCUCAUUAACCUCGAAUGCGCACCACAGAACCUUUGGCAUCCUGAGCGUAGCGUUCUGACCUCCGCUACCGCCUCAAGUCAUCCGGCCCCUCGAACGUUCGAUAUCAUCACCAAGGCGGGACGGUCACUAAAGGUCGGAAUGCUUAUAUGCGUGAGUCGGCCUUCCAAUCGAGUGCUGCAUCAUGUGUGAAUCCAGCUGACGCACAAGUCUACUGCUUGCGGCUUCAAGUGGGACUUGGGCUUUCCAGAAACGUUUAGGGAGCUGUAUGAGCCAAAUGCAGAUGUUCGGGGAGGACCAAUGGUCGGACCAGAUGUGUGGGUCACACUCGACGCGCAAAAGGAGUGGCGGGCACGUCAAGAAGCUGACAUUGCACGCCGUUGAUCAGUGUCUUUGUGCCCACUUGCUGGUACGCCACCGAUGCCGGUGCGAAAGGUUUGCGGUGGAACAAGAAUGGAGAGAGCGCUUUGUUAGGUGAGUGAGGUUACCGGCGCACCUGUUUUGAUGGCCUGCCACGGUGCCCGGCUGACGACGUGCUAAUACACGUCUGUGCGCAUACAGACUCGCUCGUCCUUGCCCGAGCCAUCGAAAACGAGUGCGUGGUUGCCAUGUGUAAUGUGAGCGGCGCGUCCUGGCCAUCCGGAGAAGAUCUGCGUCGACCUCUAGAUGAUGCAUCCAAGGCUGAUCGAAGCUUUGGAGGUGCUUCUCCAAGCGCAAGCAAUCAAGCUGGUGACGGAGCAGUCUUGACGGCCGAAGGAGCUGGACCAACACUUUUUCCCACGCCUGCUGGUGGUAGACCUACGAUACAGCCUACAGGUAUCCCCACCACCUCCGAUGGCAAGCGCAUACAGGCCCCUGCAGAUGCUCUAGGUCACAUCUCGCUAGCGGAGGAGAAGGACCUGACGGCGUCGCGCGCUACAGACGAGCAGGAAGAGCCGAUAGGUGUGGGAAGAUCCCAAGUGUGCGCACCCUUCUUGGGUCGAGUGGCGGUGGUGAACGAUGAAAAGGAAACUCUUUUGCUCGCAGCUUUGGACCUCAGAGUUCUCGACGACGCUCGCGAUGUGUACAAGAUUAGAGAAGACUUGGGCAAAGCUACGGUGGCACAAUAA